GCGAGACACUCGCAUCUCUCGCCAAGGGUUGCCGGCCACAGCUGUGCUGCAGAGUGGCUGUAAAUCACUCUGGUUUCAGCCUCUGCUCCUGCACCUCCUUCCUGGGAGGGAAGAAUGGUGUAGGUCUGCGUGUGCGCAUGGUGCCUGCAGGGAGAAAGGAGCGGGGGUAGAGGGGGAUUGUGUUUGAGCCAGAAUAUCAGCACAGCAGCGUCUGGAUUGCAGCCGAUCGCUGUCGCCAUUUGCCUGCAGGAAUCCUGCUGCCUUCAGCACUGGACCCAGUGACCAUGACUGAGAAGACACAAGAACCUCAUGUGGAGGAUGACGAUGAUGAGCUGGAUGGGAAACUCAAUUACAAACCUCCUCCCCAGAAAACACUGCAGGAGCUGCAAGAGUUGGACAAGGAUGAUGAAAGCCUUGCUAAAUACAAGAAGUCCUUGCUGGGAGAUGGACCUGUGGUAGUAGACCCAACAGCUCCCAAUGUGGUGGUCACCCGACUCACUCUGGUAUGUGACUCUGCUCCAGGACCGAUCACUAUGGACCUUACAGGUGACCUCGAAGCACUCAAGAAAGAGACCUUUGUGUUAAAGGAAGGUGUGGAAUACAGAGUUAAGAUCCACUUCAGAGUAAACAGGGACAUUGUGUCGGGACUGAAAUACGUGCAGCACACCUACCGGACAGGGGUGAAGGUGGACAAGGCCACGUUCAUGGUUGGCAGCUACGGGCCACGGCCAGAGGAGUAUGAGUUCCUGACCCCUGUUGAAGAAGCUCCUAAGGGUAUGCUGGCUCGAGGCACCUACCACAACAAAUCCUUCUUCACGGAUGAUGACAAGCACGACCACCUCACCUGGGAGUGGAACCUGUCCAUCAAGAAGGAAUGGACAGAAUGAGUUCACCCAGUUUGCCUUCCCCCUUCAACCCCUUGUCUCCUGCACCAGUCUCCAGGUGGGCCAUUCCCACCGCUGCUCCUUCCUGCCAGCACGGCUGGCCACAGCCCUGGCAGCCCUUCCCCUGGGUGCUGGGGCUCUGGGCCAGCCUUGGUCAAUGCACAGCCCUGCUGGUGGCCUUUGCUGCUCUUCUGAUACACUGAAAACAACCCAACCAUUCUCUCCACCACCCCAUCGUGACACCAUGAUGGGUUAAAUUGGGAAGCGUCUCCCUCCCUCUCCCCCAGUACUUCCUCCUGUUUUCCCCAUCUCUCCUGUACCAACUCCAGUCCUGGAAGUGCCUUUUCGAGGAACCAAGAUCACCUGGCAGGGGCAGACUGGCCCCUGGAAAAUCCCUAUCUUGAGUUACGCUUGCCAUGUGCUCUGACUCACUGUAAAGGGUUACUUACCUCCCAUGAUGGUCUCCUGGUCUGUAUCUGGUGCCCUACCCUGUUAAAAUCCAUCCUUGUGCAGGCAAAGCCGGUCAGGGGGAAUGCAGCUAGAUGCUGUAACAAGACUUCUGUGUCUGAGAAUAAAACCAGUUUCUUUCUUC